AUGGAUUCUCUGUUCCGUAUAAGUAAAAGUGCACAAUUCGUUCAUAGUCUGAAGGAUUGUUUAUUCUCAACUGUCAGCUGCAGCUGUCAAAUCUUUUGUCCCUCUAUUUUAAUUGGCACAUAUCCAGAGAUGGUCAAUUUUUCAGAUGAAAAGUUAUCUUUUCAUUUAAACCUACUUGAACGUUUCCACCUAGUAAAAAUUAAGUUGGAUGAGGUCAAUAGGAAUUUUUCUAAAUCACUAGGGGGUCCAAAUGAAAAUAUUUAUAAAAUUUUUAUUAUUCACGUCCUGUCUGAUGUAUUUGAAAGCAUCUAUGCGACGUAUAAGAAAUGGAAAAACAAAUAUCAUAGAACAAAGUCUACAGCAUCUUCAAAACAAUAUUUUAUGGAAGAAUUUUGUCUUGCCUAUAUGGUGGUUUUUAGGUUCAUAUGGAGAAAUAACAAUUUUUCAGUCAGUUUUCCUUCAUUCAAAAUCAAAAAGCUAUUAUAUGCUUACACUUUCUGGCGUAAAAUAGUAGCAAAACACUGGUACUAUAAGUCUCGACGCACUUCAUUGGCGGCAGCGGAAGGCAAACUUGAUCCUAAAGGACUACCACCCGAAUUUCUAUUAAUGAAUGCUGAUGAAAGAAUUUGUGACAUCCCUAAUAGAGGGGCUGAAAAUGACGACAAAAAUAUAGAUCUAGUAAAAUUGCUAAGAAUAGUCAGUGACAUUGCUGUCAAAAACCUCACCAGCAAAAUAUGGCAAAUUUUUUCGCUUGUGGCCAUUGCACAUGUAUUUGUAUACAUGGUCUUACAUAAGAAGCAAUAUUCAACAUUUAUUUUACAUUCCGUUUCCCCUACUUGGGAAGCUAUUAUUGUGCAUUCUUUCAGUUUGUUUUUAAAAAGUCGAACUGUAGGAACAAGAGCAAUAACAAUGAAGAUAUACGAUAACAUUAGCAUUAUUAUCGUGUCAAUGUUUUUUUUUAGAAUAGCGUUGCAAAAUAUGUUUUCACAUCAUGCAUUAGAGCUAACUGAACAAUGGUUCAUAAGUCAACUUACAUGCCAAAAAACAACUGAAAAUAUUUUGCAUGUAUCAUUUUCCAUCGUGAAAAUAUCCAGCUAUGCAUCACAAUAUAGUGACUUCAAAAUCUUGAAAAUAUGGUUAGCAUAUUCCAAAUCUUUCCCUCGUUUCUGUCAAAACUAA